UGCUCUUUGGAUUUGGUUGUGAAUCUGUGCUCUGUGGUGCCGAAUGGACGAUGCCUAUUUUAGGCGGAAAAUAAUAUCUUUGAUAAAAAUAGAAAAGCACAAUUCUUGCUCAGUUUCAUUAGCAAUAUCAAUAAACCUUUCACAUCUUCCUGAAAGGAUUGGUCAUUAAAUACAUUUACAAUACCUACACAAAUCAACAAAGAUGACGGACUCCGUGAACAUGUCACUCGAUGAUAUAAUCAAACAGAACAGACCUGGUCGCACUCGUGGUAGAGGCGGUGGGAACAUUAGGGGCCGCGGCGGAGGUCGUGGCGGCCGCCGCGGACGCGGAGGACGCGGUCGCGGUGGCGGGGAUGGUGGUAGAUCAUUUUCACGCGACAGAUCUAACAGUCGCCAGGAUCGCUCCCGUUCCCGUUCUCGAGGACCUCGUGGUCGAUCACAGCAGCGGGGCCAGUUGCAAAACCGAGACCGAUCACAGUCGCGAGGCCGGUCACAAUCGCGAGGUCGAUCACAGUCGCGUGGUAAUUCACAGCCGCGCGGCCCCCCUCAAUCAAGGGCUCGAUCUCGUUCACAACAAAGACGUUUUUCUUAUCCUAGAACCCGAUCUGCAUCUAGAUCUCAGAGAAGUACUACACCUAGAGGCAGAGCAGGACUUGAAAGUCCUAUCUCUAACAUGCCAGGAUUAGUCCGCACCAACAGAGGCAGAGGAGGUAUGCAGAUGAGACUUAGACGUGGUAAUUUAAAUCAACAAGGACCAAGUGGAGUUCAUAGCCGGCUCGGAGUCACUACACGUAGAGGUGGUGCCAAUAAUGCUUUCAAACCUUUAGCUGUGGCAAAGAGAGGAAUUUCUAAACGUGGUUUAAGUACAAGAAACAGAUUUAGCAAUAUUGGUUUGAGAUCUGACCAAAUUUUGGAGCAGCGUCGUCAAAACAAUGUCAUCCGCUCUCAAACUUUUACCCGAUCUAGAAAUAAUUCCUUCAGUUCAGCCUCACAAUUGACUGUAAGUGUUGCUAAUGAUUUUGCAAAACGGCGUCGCAACAGUGUAGGGAGCACUGGUUACUUGAAUAGACAGACCCUAGCAUCACUCAACAAUCAAUUUGGAGGGUAUAACACGCGUCGAGGACCAGGGAGUGUCAAAUCUAUUGGGUCAAAUAGGUCUAACAGAUCAAAUCAAUCUAAUUCAAGCAGAAUAUCAAACCAGUCCAGAGGCAGAGGUCGUGGUCGUGGUAGGGGAAGUAAUCGUGGAGUAGGUAGAAAAUUUGUAAAUAUUCUCAAUGAUAAACUUCAAAAAGAGAUAGCUGCACUUCAGGGUAAAAACUUCGGAGCAAAUAAUAAUUCAGAAGCACCUGGUGGCAUAAAUAACUUUACACCUACACCGACAGCUACCAAGCUAACUUUACAUCAAAGAUUUGCAGCAGCAUAAUAAUUUAGAAUAGGACUGUAAAAUACACAAUAAAUAAGGAUACUAUGUUUUUCUUUGUGUCUUUUUAGUUAGCAUAUUUCAGUAAGUGCAAUCUCAGUACAUUGUUUAUUAAAAAUUUAUUUUCAAUUGCCUAUUAACCAAAUAAUAUGGGAUCUUAUUGUGUUUCAAUUACUAAAUUGGAAUAGUUUAAAUGACGUUCUACAAAAAAGCUAUACUUCUGUAGGCCUUUCAGUAUUUAAAUAUUGUUUUUUUUUUAGUUUUUUUCUAAUGGUCAUAUUUACUAAAAUAUGACCUACUAAUUGCAGAUUUUAAAAAGAACUUCUAUUAGUACAUAAGGUUUUUGAUUUGUUACAUAUUAGCGGAUGCCUGUAACUUUCCCUAUACCCUACCCUACCAUACCCCUACUCAACCUUACCUCUAACCUAGCCAGCUGCGAAGAGUUCAUGCAAGCCAAUUCCCACCAGAUUACCUUUAAAAAUCCAUGCAUAUUCAUUGUUGUACUGUACCUAGAUAUAUGAGAAACAGGAGUUUGUAUCACACUGUAUGAAUUUCUAUUUCUCUGGGACAUCAUACUUUCAUCUAAAUUAAAUUCUUUGCUACUGAACCUACCCCUACCCUAUCCUUCCCCUACCCUAAGUAUCCUAUGUCUGUCUCCUGGUUCUAAGCUACCUCUUCACCAAUUUUCAGUCAAAUUGGUCCAGGUAUUCUUGACUUAUAAAUAGUGUAACUAACACGUUUUUCUAUUAUAUAUAUAUAAUUAUGUUUAGAAUAUGUCUGCAUUAGUUUUAAGAUAAAGAAUCAUUUUCUUAUUGUUUCAAAAACUAUUUUUGUUACUUAAGUAACAUCCAUGUGAAAAUAAAAAAAACAUUCUUUGUACAA